ACCACCUCCCCGAAGCGUCGGGAGUGUCUAGCCACCAGGCGCCUCCUUCUGAGGGACGCCAGGACCUAAAACGGAGGUUGAGGGUGGGGCGGAUACGCGUCGCCAAGCAGCCUCUCCCCCGCGAGCUCGCGAAUGGUCCGCUCCUAGAGUGCGCGCGCGGCUUGAAGCUCCCGGCGAGUGAGGCGCCCUGACUGAGUUGUGGGGCGCAGCUUCCCCUGCCGUGCUGCGCUCCGGGUGCCAUGGACUCUGAGACCCGCCAACUGCGCGCCCUGGAGGCAGAGGUCGCGGCGCUGCAACGGGAGUGCACCAUGCUGCCAGAGCCCUGGGAGAAGACGUCCGGAGCCGGGAAAUCAUUUCAAAAAUUUCCCCAGUCAAAUUCUGAGGGAUGGGAAUCCUUGAAAGACCUGAAAAGCCAGCUUGGACAUUUAAAAUCUGAACUUUCUUUUCUAAGUAAACUUACUGGCAUCAAUAUAAAAAAUUAUUCCAAGAUUGAGGACAUUACAAACACUGAAGUGACAGAAAUGGAUACAAAGGAAGUUCUACAGAGACACAGAUUAUCAGGAAAUUGCAGCGUGGUUACAUUUCAACUGGAGUUUCAGGUUCUGCAAAUUGAGACUAAAGAGAAAUUAUCUUCUAUUAUAACUGACCUCAACAUAAUCAUGGAGCCCACGGAGUAUUCAGAAUUAAGUGAGUUUGCAUCUAGAGCAGAAGAAAAAAGAGAUUUGCUCAUGUUUUUCCGGAGUCUGCAUUUUUUUGUGGAGUGGUAUGAAUAUCGUAAGAACACAUUUAAGCAUUUUAAGGAGAAGUAUCCAGAUAGUGUGUACCUCUCAGAGGGCACCUGUUCCCACUGCAUGGAGAUCCACAGUGCCAGACAGCCAGGGUUUGAACUGGUGAUUGUUUGGAAGAUACAAAUAGAUGAGGAAGGGAAGGUUUUUCCGAAGUUGGAUCUUCUCACCAAAGUCCCAGAGCGAGCCCUGGAGCUGGACAAGAACAAGAUCAUAGAAACUGCUCCUCUGAGUUUCCGAAGCCUACUAGGAGUACUUGGAAUUGAAGCUGCUCUUGACAGUCUGAUAAAAUUGCUUUGUGUAGAAAAUGACUAGUUCCCUACAUGCUGGCAAGCAUGUAGGAAUAAGAUGCUCAGCUGAGGAACAUGUGAUCUAUGCUACAUAUGAACAUUUGCUCUUUUUCCAAUGAGAAACCACAUCCUUCAAACAUGCUUUUGUGUGCUUUAGU